AUGUACUUAAUUGUUCAAAUCAUAUUGCUAUUGCAAGUUGUACUUGCUGCUACUUCUACGUCUAAGGGAUACGCUCCUUUUGCUGUUAGUUGUCCAGCUGGACUGUUAACCAGAGAUGCCAGUGGUAUAAACUCAAACGAAAAAACAUAUAUUACUAACCGUCAAUCAAUGGCCAAGUCUGCCUUGGCUACUUUCCUUAACAAUGCCAAAUUAAAAGACUUUGACGUCCCUUCAUUCAUGAAACAAGCUCUGCCAAAAAUUGGGUUGGCCAUUAGUGGAGGAGGAUAUCGUUCUAUGCUUACUGGGGCUGGAGAAUUAGCAGCUUUGGAUUCUCGUACUUCUUCUAAAGACAAGACUUUAGCUGGUAUCUUGCAAGCUUCCAGCUAUAUUACAGGUUUAUCAGGGGGUAGUUGGUUAGUGGGAAGUAUUGCUGCAAACAAUUAUUUAUCCGUUGACAAAAUCCUUGCCGAUGGAAACUUAUGGAACCUUAAAUCCAUUUUGAACUAUUAUAGUAGUACAAUUUCCAAUGUUCUUAUGUGGGCUGAAAUUGGCAAACAAGUUAAUGAUAAAUCCAAAGCAGGUUUCAACACUAGUAUCACUGAUCCAUAUAGCAGAGCCAUUUCCUACCAAUUUUUGAGUAACUUUAACGAUAACGGUGCUGGUGUUCUUUGGUCAGAUGUCACUUCUAACUCAGCUUUUAGAGCUUUUCAAAUGCCAUUCCCUAUUUUAGUUGCGGAUGCAAGAGACAAUUAUAUUUCCAACUUGAAUUCCACAGUGUUUGAAAUAACUCCUUAUGAACUUGGUUCAUGGGAUCCAAGUUUAAAAUCAUUUGUUCAAACUAAAUAUCUCGGUACCAACUUAGACAGCGGAAAGCCUACCGGUAUAUGCUACAAUGGUUAUGACAAUACUGGUUUUGUCUUAGGUACAUCCUCAUCUUGGUUCAAUCAGGCUCUUUUGAAAUUGUCGAAUUCUCGUCUUCCAUCGUUUCUUUCCAAUCUUAUUACCUCUGUUGCUACCUCAAAUAUCCAAGUUGCUCAUUACAAACCCAAUCCAUUUUACAAGAGUUCUAAACAAGAUACUAGUAUUUCUAAGAGCUCAUCAUUGGACUUGGUUGAUGGUGGUGAAGAUGGUCAAAAUCUCCCAUUACUUCCAUUACUCAAUAGAAAAGUUGAUGUGAUAUUUGCUUAUGACAACUCAGAUAACAUCAACCACUGGCCCAACGGAUCUGCUCUUAUUAAAACUUACCAAAGACAAUUUGUUGCACAAGGUAAGAGCUUUGCAUUCCCACAUGUUCCUGAUCACAAAACUUUCCGUAACUUGAACUUGACUUCCAAACCAGUAUUCUUUGGUUGCGAUGCCAAAAAUUUGACCUCAUUAACCGCUAAUAUCUAUGAUGUCCCUCUUGUUAUUUACUUACCAAACCGUCCAUUCUCCUACUGGUCUAAUACUUCUACUGCCAAAUUAGAAUAUUCAAUUACUGCACGUAACAAAAUGAUUCAAAAUGGUUACGAAAUUGCCACAAGAAAGAAUGGUACUUUAGAUUCUGAAUGGGCUGCUUGUGUUGGAUGUGCUAUCAUUAGAAGAGAACAAGAAAGAUUAGGUAAAGCUCAGACUGACCAAUGUAAACAAUGUUUCAAGAAAUACUGUUGGGAUGGUACUAUUUAUCGCGGUGCUGACAUAGGUGAUAACUAUAGUGACACCGGGUUGACUAAGCUUGCUACUGCCUACAAUUCCCAGAAUGUUGCUGGUUUUAAUGAUGGUAGUUCUGACUUCUAA